AUGGGUGACAAGCGUCUCAACGACCUCCUCCGCUGGAGCAUCGAAAACUCGCCAAACGGCGCCCCCGAUGCUUCUGCCGCCACCAACGGCGCCGCGGCGCCAGCCUCGAACCUCACCCCCGACGUCAUGGCGGCGCUCAUGGGGGGCCCGUCCGAGGCGGACCUCAUGAAGGCGUCGAUGGAGAUCAUCACCGCCGCGGACGUGACGCUCGAGAACAAGCUGAUCGCCUUUGACAACUUUGAGCAGCUGAUCGAGUCGCUCGACAACGCCAACAACAUGGCCAACCUGGGCCUGUGGACGCCGCUGCUCGCGCAGCUCGCCAGCGACGACGCCGAGGUGCGCACCAUGGCCGCGUGGUGCGUCGGAACCGCCGUCCAGAACAACACGCGCACGCAGGAGCGCCUGCUCGCGGCCGGCGGCGUCGAGCCGCUGGUCGCGCUGGCGACGCGCGAGGGCGAGCCGGAGGGCGUGCGGCGCAAGGCCGUGUACGCGCUCAGCUCGGCGAUCAGGAACUACCAGCCCGCGCUCGACGCUGCGGUCGCGGAGCUCGUGGCUGCGGGCCACGCGGCAGAGAAGGUGGACGCGACGGAUAUGGAGGCCGUGGAUACCAUCAUCACACCGCUGCGUGAAAAGGCCAAGGCUUCUGCGUAG